AUGGUAUCGGACUCUCAAACGUGCGGCAAAGAGCAAACUUUGUCACCAAAUGCGUCCUCUGUCGCUUCGCUUGUAUCUACCAAAACAGAUGAACAUAAUGAGCUGUAUGAUCAUCGAGCACAUCCUGUGUCUGUUCCUAAGAAACCAUCGGCUGCUGCUAGGAAUCAGGGGGGCGAUGGAGACGGGAGUAAUCGAUGUCAUUACUCUGGAGAUGGUCGUGUGGCAGUAUAUGGUCUUAAACAAGAGGAGCCUGGUCGGUUCAAAAGAAGUGCUAUAACCAGCGGAAUUACUUUUGAAGACGACUCUGAUGAGGAAUAUUCGAAAAUGGCUUCGAAUUCUAUCAGACCUGGUGGUGCUACGAGAACGGGAAGUGCAAGGCCAUCUCGUGUCGCACAUUCUAUGCCCUUCCAGCAGCAACUGUACAAUCCAUCGAAGGACACAUUUGCCGUCGAUACUGAUGGUACAGGUCACCAUAGUGCUGGAGCGAAGCCUAGAAGGGGUUCUAAGGCUCCAUCAGUUACUGAACUUCCAUUGAAGAAUAAUAAAUCUCGGGCGUUCUCGGAGUCUUCUUCCCAAGGAAAUGCAGCGCAUUUCCUCACAAGAACAGUAUCUUACAAAUCACAGGACUCCGGUUACGUAAACGCUAGACGCAACAGGAAGCUUUCAGUGGGCAGCGAUGAUUCAAACGCGUCUAGAGAGUCUCAAGAAACAGAAGAAGAUGUGUGUUUUCCUAUGCAACAACCUGAGCAUACUAGAAUAAACGGUAUUGACUUUGACGAGUUAGAAGAGUUUGCAGUUGAAUCAAUUCGUAUUCAGACCUCUUUGAAGGCAUCCGUCGAUAUGAUUGGGGCUGUUGAUUCUGGCGCAAAAUUUUCUGGAACUCCGGGCACUUCUUCUGGCACUUCUACAUCAAUAUCUUCAGCCGCAUUGAAGUAUGUCCCAAAGGAGGUGUAUUCACACAGUCAACAAAAUUCCUUGGCGGAUGUGUUGGCGCCUGGUGUCUCAUUUGGUAAUAACAAAGUAGAAGUUGACGAAUAUGUUCCAACGAACGAUCACUCCAGUCAUAUGAACGAGUCUGCCGUACACAGUGCUACUAAUAAUCAAGAUAUUAAUAGUACAACCCCUCCACCUAAUUAUAAGAUUCCUGAUAGAUUUUCAUUUUUUUGUUCCGAUGCCGGAGAAACUAUUCACGCUCCCGACCUUCCAUCUUUAGUAGAGCCAGGCCAAUCUUAUCGUGAGUUCUUUAGAAAUGGUGCUGAUACCUGGUGGCUCGAUUGUAUUUGUCCAACAGAUGAGGAGAUGCGUUGUAUUGCGAAGGCUUUUGGUAUUCACCCUUUGACGGCUGAAGAUAUUCGUAUGCAAGAAACUCGUGAAAAGGUGGAACUAUUCAAGUCAUAUUAUUUUGUUUGUUUCCAUACAUUUGAGAAUGAUCCUGAAUCUGAAGAUUUCUUGGAGCCCAUCAACAUCUAUAUGGUUGUUUUCAGAAAUGGUGUGUUGACAUUCCAUUUCACUCCUGUUUCUCAUCCAGCUAGUGUAAGACGGCGUGUAAGACAGUUGCGUGAUUAUGUUGAUGUUAAUUCCGACUGGAUUUGUUAUGCGCUCAUCGAUGAUAUUACCGAUAGUUUUGCCCCUGUGAUCCAAGCGAUUGAGUAUGAAGCUGACGUAAUUGAAGAUUCUGUGUUUAUGUAUCGUGACAUGGACGUUGCUGCAAUGUUACAAACAAUUGGUGAAGGUAGACGCAAAACCAUGACGUUGAUGAGAUUGUUAAGUGGUAAGGCAGAUGUCAUCAAGAUGUUUGCUAAGAGAUGUCAAGAUGAAGCUAAUGGUAUUGGACCUGCUUUAACUUCUGAAAUUAAUAUUGCAAACCUACAAUAUGGACAACCUGGGGACAUUUCUCCAAGAUUUCGUCCACAAAUUUUAGCGCAAUCAGCACAACAGCAGCAAAAUCGAACCUCUACAAGAUCCCAGCCAAGAGCUGAUAUUGCCUUAUAUUUGGGCGAUAUUCAAGAUCAUGUUAUUACAAUGUUUCAAAAUUUGCUUUCUUACGAAAAGAUCUUCUCACGUUCACAUUCCAACUAUUUGGCUCAGUUGCAGGUUGAAUCAUUCCGUUGCAACAAUCGCGUAACUGAAAUGUUAGGCAGGGUGACCAUGAUUGGUACAAUGUUAGUGCCUUUGAAUUUGAUUACCGGUUUGUUUGGAAUGAAUGUUAAAGUUCCAGGAGAUUCAGGCUCUGGCAAUUAUUAUUGGUUUAUUGGGAUUGUACUUUUCCUCAUAAUUCUAGCAACGGGCUCGUGUUUUUUUUCCUCCUGGUGGAUAUCCAGAGCUAAUACUCCAACUACAUUAAAUGAGGCUGCUGAAUCUGCCACCAGAUCGGUUUUGAGAUUCGGACGCCGGAACAAUCCCCAAAGCGCAGGUCGACCAGCAGGAAACAAGUCUGUGAUAAGCUCUCCUAGUAGGUUUACCCGUUAUUAUUGA